AUGGCAGCCCCAUUGACCUUCGACGCAUUCCGAAGCCGUUGCUUGGAAACUUGUGUUGAAGGAGAUCCACCAAAAGAAGCAUAUUGCCCGAUAUACAUAGAGGAGUACGAUCGCUAUAGUCACCAAGCAAUGGGCAUCGUCCUGCGGCCACCCACCCAAUGCAACCACGAGCUCUGUUGCAAAUGCCUCAAAAAGAUUGUCUCCCGUCGCAAGUUCCAAGACAACGCAAACCUUUGUCCAUUCUGCCGCGCUGUAUGGUUCCAAGCCGAGUAUGAGAGCUUCUCAGCGCAGAGUCGGUGUUUGGUAGAAGAGGCCACAAACACUCUGCGAGCCAACAAUUUUGGGCUUUCACUUUUCGUACCAGAGCACCCUGGCGAAACCAUUCCAGUACCUAACAGGAGAGACACAAAUCCAGUACCACCGCUAGAGCGUACGCGACGGCCUUACACUGGUACCAAUCGUCCCCAUUCGCCUGCGGCUCGGCAAUCCACUGCGUCCCGAAACACUCAAUACCGCGGGAGUUGA